CUCAGCUUCUUCUUCACUUGGAUUUUAUUCAAACACAGAAAAUAAGAAGAUUCAAAACAAAAGUAAAAGAAAACAGAAGAGUCCCCGCUCCACAGGAAGAGCGCUUUAUUGUGAAGGUCCGCAGAGGAGACAUCAAAGCGCGUCUCUCUGCUGCUGCAGGAUGUGAGAGAACCACAACAAGAGAACUCUCCGCUGGAAACUGGAGGCAGCACGUCGUCUCAUCUGAGCAGCAACAGGUUCAAAGAUCCACAGCAGAGCAACAUGGCCCUGUUCUUCUCUGGAGCUGUGACCAGUUCACCGAUUAAACGAAGGUUGCGGGCGAAUCACUCCUGUCAGAGCCUGGACGAGUCUGUCCUCUCUCCCGACUCCUCCUACGUCUGUUACUCCUCGGUGGACGGCGGUGACCCCAGCUGCUGCCGCCGCUCGCCGCGCCUCCUCACCAACGGGUACUACUCCGUCACAGAGGACAGCUUCUCCUGGGACGAGGACGGAAACGUGUCGCUGACGCCCUGCAAGACCAACGUGUCCUACAAGGAGAACCUGGUCAGGGUUUUCCGCCGUAGACGGAGGCCUCGCAGCUCGCUGGCCCGCCUCCUCAGUGAUGUCACAGAGAGCUGCCAGUCGUGGCUGGGUGAGAAAGUCUUCAGAGGCGUCUUCGGGACGGGACCAAACCAGAACCGGGACCAGGACCGAGAAGACGAGCGAGGUCCCGACUGGGCCACGAGCAGCCAGCAGGUCCUCGGGCCGGACGAGUCCUCCUGGGUCGGGUUGGGCAGCACCGAGCUGGAAGAGAGCCGCGGCUUCACUUACGACCCGACAGAGAUCCAAUCCUGUCCCGACAAAGUGUCUCCGCCCCCGAGGCUGCUCAUCCAGGAGGAGAUUUGCUCUGAGAUCUGUCAAUCAAAGGAGCAGUUCACCCAGUCAUCGGGUGGACUGUCAGAGGUCCCGCCCACUUCUGCUCUCUUCACCAAUGCCUGCUGCUGUCAGGCGUCACCUGAGCACACGGGGUUAACGAUGAAGGCCUUUCUCCUCCUCCUCUUCUCCGUCUUCAUCUUCUCAACUCUUUACUCGAGGUGUUUGUGGUGGAGCUCGACUGUUACUUCAACCGUGUUCAUGACGAUCACAACUUUUAUGUUCCUGACGAAGUCGGGGCCGAUGGGCGAGUGGAGGAGGGCGAAGACGGAGGACAUCACAUCCAGAAAUGAGUAAACCAAGAAACGGAAGAUAACUUCAAACUGGAGGAGAGAAAGAGGAGAAGUUCUGAUGGAAACUCUGUCAAAAUAUUUAUCCUUUCACUAAAUGUUUGCAUGUGAGUUGCUCUUAAAAGACCAAGUUAUUCUGAGCUCCGGAAAACAUUUCAUAGCAACAACUGUUUGACAGUGAAACCUAAGAUGAGACGGUUCUGAUUGUAAAUCCUUGUGAAUCUGAAGAGACGCGUUUUUUACUCUGAAAAUGAAACUAAAACUUUUAGAUUUAAGCUUUAAAUUUAAAAGAACAACGCUGGAAAAAUUAGUGUGAAGUUGUUUCGUAUUUGAUAUCAUGUUCUCCCUGAAGGUUUCUGAGUAUUAAAGUCAGAUGGACGACGGAGAAAAAUCCAAUUGAACAUGAAACUGUAAAAAAUUGGGAACGAUGAUCUGAGAGAAGCUGAAUCAGUUUGACAGUUUGUUUCUGAUGAAAUGAUGAAGGAACUCGAUCAACAUGGCGACACGAGUCACUUUAGUUUAGAUGGAAGAUAAAUAAUAAUCAUCCGAAUGUCACUGAUGUAUUUUAAACAGACUGUAAAUGCAUAUUCUGUUGAUCUUAGCUGAACUUGUUUGGGUCCAAAGUGACAAAACGUCAGUGAGCGUCGCUGUGAAGCUUCACGUCUUUUUAAAAAAUCCACAAACGCACAAAACGGUCUAGUUUAUCUAGGGAUGAGGGAUAGUGAUCAUUCUCCAUAUUUACACUCAAUCAUCAAACUCACUUUAAUCAAGCUGCUGCUUUAAAGAAUUAAAGUUGCAUCUCGUUGCUUUAAAACUGAAUCAGGUCGGAUUUUAGGGUGAAACUGAAAAUUCUGAGUUAACUUUUGACAAAAGUUAGCAUCCCAGGCAGGACAAAAAAGACCAUCAGCAUUUAUUCAUAAGCUCAGUGGUAAACAGGUCAGUGUGAAGGUUCCUUCUUGUUCACACAGUGAUGCAGGGAUUUCAGAUGAAGCAAUAAUUACAGAAAACAAACGAUUGAGUGAGGUGAGUUUUAAAACCUCAGCAGUGAGCUGGGAGAGAGAAACACUAAAUCAGGGAUUUGACCUUUGUUGGAUUCAUCCUGUUAUCGAAAAUUAUUUGUUAUCAAAAAGUGUUGAGUGUGUUCAUCAUGAAAACGAGUGUAGAAGUGAAGCUGGGACCAAACUAACAAGUUCUGUGCCGAGUGGCUUUAUAAGGUUCUUGAUUUUAUGAAGUUUCAAACUUUCAAUCACGUUUGGAUCUGAAACAUUAAACUGAAAGAAACUUUAUUUCUGUUCAGAAGCUGCGUUUCGCUCACAUGGGAUUUACCACCAUUUCUGACUUCUACUGUUCAAUGGUCAAUAAAGUUUUAUAUUAACUCAGAAUCGUUUGAAAAGUCAAACAACACCAACCAAAGUUGGUCAUUGAACCUGAUUAAACCCAAAUUUAAUUUCAUGUAAUUCCACCGUUGAUGUGAAUUCUUACAAAUCGUCACCGUGGGAAUCUUGUCCAUCGCUCGUCCACGUGACCUGAGUGCAGGUCAUGUGACCUGAACGCAGGUCAUGUGACCUGAACGCAGGUCACGUGACCUGAAGGCAGCAUCUGCAACACGAAGAGUCCAAACUGAGCUUCUCAACUUGGUUUUUCACGGUUGAAUUUGAUCAGGACGAAUUUGCUGCUUAAUUUUUUAAUUGUACCAAACAACUAGCCUUUAAAACUCAAUGUGAGUUUCUGCAUUGUCCGAUGUGUAUUCGUGUAUUUAUUCACUCAAAGUGCCAAAUCGGUUGAAAUCUGACAAUUCAGGAAAUGUAACAUCACCUAUAUCAAUGUUAAAAAAUCUAUAUAACGAUAUUUUUAUUAAUGCUCUGCAUGAAUUUGCAUAUCUUUGCAUUUAAAGCUGCAAAUGUUUUUAUAUGAAUGAUGGAUCCGCUCCACUAAACCUUCAGCUUCUUUCAGCUCCUGGUUUAAGUUUUACAGCCAAAACUAUGAGUCCGGAGUUUUUCUCAGGAGGUGGAGACUAAACACGGAGCAAAAAGAACGGGAACUCUGGGCAGGAACCAGUUCUGUCACAAACAAGCAACUGUUUCAUGUUGUUUCUUCUAUCUGCUGCCCCCUGGUGGCCAAAAGUCAAUUAAUGCAGCUUCAAAUGAUCAAAGUUGAAUGUUUUUUUUUCUUUUGAACACUUUUUGAAAUGUAAAAUAUUGUAUUUACUGCAAAAGACAAGAAAUUCCUGAGGUUUCCUAAAAGACAUUUAAUAUGAAUUUUGAUCUGAUUGUUGUUACUGUACAUGUUGUUACUGAUUCUGUACAUAGUGUGAAAUGUGAUUCUCUUCUUGUGGAAACACUUAUUAUAAACAUUUAUUUGAA